CGCCGUUUACCUAGAUGCGCUGCGUCCAUCUUGUCAAGCAUCGACGUUCACGAAGAGCGAAUCCCCCAAGAAACUGAUUCACUAAUUGCUUCCAGCAGCACUGCGAUCAUAGGAUUUGCCCAGUCGUGUGCCCACCAGACAGAUACAUCUCGACGCUCCAUCUCUCUAUUCGAUGAAAGUGCCAAUAUGUCGUUGCCGGAGCGACUCCGGGUCUCCCGCUCGAGCCCAGAAUCUCGCACGAAGACUUAUGGACCUGCAUCCACGCCUUUCCUAGUAACAUUGUUUUUGUGAAUUCACCCUCUUUGAAGCCGGAAAAAUCUGCGAUUCCAGCAGUGGUCCCUGUCCUUGCGGCAAAUGCGCGCUUCACGUCGAAAGCCUGCGGCAUCGGAGACUCUAAGCGAUCUCUGCGAUUUUAUGCCUCGGUUCCUCUUCGGACUUCGAGAGGGGUAAAUGUAGGUGCGAUCUCUAUAAUGCACCCAGAGCUAAUUACAACUUGACCUAAAGCCGAAAGUCAGGCUUCGAG